GCGACGACAAACCACGACCACCCGGACGUACGACACCUGACUUUUGCGGGUCAGCUUGCUUUCCAUCGACUUGUCUGCCUUGCCCGCUGUUGCUCAGAAAAUAACCGUCACAAUGUCUUCGGAAUCCGGUCACAGACUAUAUGUCAAGGGUCGUCACCUGAGCUACCAGCGUGGAAAGCGCAACACCAACCCCAACACCAGUCUGAUCCAGAUCGACGGUGUUGCUGACACCAAGGCUGCCGACUUCUACCUCGGAAAGAAGGUCGCUUUCGUCUACCGGGCCAAGCGUGAGGUCCGUGGCUCCAACAUCCGGGUCAUCUGGGGCAAGGUUACCCGCACACACGGCAACUCGGGCGUCGUCCGCGCACAGUUCCGCCACAACCUCCCCCCCAAGUCCUUCGGCGCUACCGUGCGCAUCAUGCUCUACCCCUCCAACAUCUAAAUGGCUUUCUGUAUUUAGCGGGGGGUUCCCAUUUUUUCGCGCAGUCGUGACGGGCAAGGAGUCUCAAAAACGGUACGAGCCGAUGUGUUGAAAGUGAUGGAGUUGGCGGGUUUGAUCACGUUCGUGGGAGAGGCAGGGCCAUCACCCCAGCCUUACGAAUAAAAAAAAAGGAAGAAACAAAAAGAAAGAAAUUAUUCUCUACCACAUUGAUUCUUACUUUCCACUACAACCUCUCUAGCUAUCGAUCUAGCGAGGCCUUGUGUCUUGUUUUCUUUUUUUUUGCCUCCUUUUAUUCCAAUUCUCUCUACA